UGAUACAUUACGCCUUGACCUAUUUAUAGUUAUAAUGUAUCUGUCUGAAAUUUCCUUCAUGGAGUCUGUAACAAAAUCUGACUCAACGAUCGUCUGACCUGCACUAGGCUAAAUCUUAACAAGAAUCAACUCGGAAUGAAUGUAAAUGACUACAUAAGUCCGUUUUUUUACCAAAUGUAUUAAGACAAAUCAGGUCGUAACAAUGAGCGAAAUGAAUCUACGGAUAGAUUCAGUGUUUUCCUUGAAUAUCCAAGAUAAGCAGUUGUCGGCAAAUACAUCUGAUUGUACAAAAGUCCUAGAAAAUUUAAGUUCCUUAACUGAAAAGUAUUGUACUGUUAAUAUUGAAAAAAUAGAUCUUGGCACGAAAAAAUAUGUCUCCUACAGAAAAUGGAUGAAAAAUCAUAAACAUUGUUCUUCGAUAUGCUUAAAAAAAAGAGGAGAUAUACAGUCUGAGGAAUUAGAUGUUAUUGGCGACAAUGGACGUUUAACAAGGAAAAGAAAGCACAAACUUACCAAUACAGGAAAUAACGAAACUCCGCAUUUACAUAAAUUACGUAAAGUGAAAAUCACGCAAGAUCGUACACACUCUCAAAAUACAGAAAUUUACAAUGAAGGAAAAUCAAAUGGAACUGGAGAAGUCCACAACUCCGAAUCAAGUGUAAGGAUAUACCAUGAUUUUACAGAAAAUGCCACAGAAAAAGGGAAAUCGGUUGUUGAUAGUACAAUAACUAGUACGAAACCGAUAAAAGAAAACUGUAAAAAUCGACUUCGUGUAAAAACACAAAAAAGACACCAACAAAAGAUGGACAAAGAUAAGGAUAGUAAAAAAGACUUAUCAUCUAAAAGUUCUACAUACAGCGGUAAAACGCAAGACAAUUCAGUCAACAAUGAACCACCAAUGAACGACGCUUUAUUACAUCAAAACAUAAAGAAAGAACCUGACAUCGAAUUUGAAACAAGGAAAAACGUGAAAGAACAGGUUUUUCAAGCUUUGCAAAAUCCUGUGUGUGACCAGUCGUUUCUUGACAUAUGGGAUAAACUUGCUAAGACACCGAAGGAAAAACGUGCUACCUACAUUGAAAAACUUAGAUCAAUCUUGGAUGAAAGUGAAAUAAAUGAUAUUGCCGAAAAUGCAUUCAUUGAUGUCGAUACGACAUCCGAGUUACAAAAUUUCGACGAUCCGAAAAAUGUUGAUAGUUUAAAUGAAAACAAAGCUGUUAACAGUUGUACAAAAUCUACUCUGGAAAUUGAUAGUACUAAAACAGUAGCAGCUUUUCAAAUGUUUAAUAUUGGUGGUAAACAAUUUGUUAUACCAGCUAAUGUAGACCAGAACUUGGUAUCAUCAGAUCGACAAUGGCAAUCAAAUUCUAUAGAUGCAUUAAAUGUGAAACCGAGUGCUCCAACUAGUUUGUUUUCAAACGUUAGCCAGAGCCUCUCAGCAAACAACAAAAAUAUCACAUUAGUAUCUUUGCCCUCUCAGAUUCAGGCUAACAUAAUUAACAACGCUCAGGCAAAACCUAAAGAGCUACAUGGUCAUCUUAUUACACAAUCUGAUGGUAAGCAGUUCUUCUUACCGCUGUUGGAAGGUAAUACAUUUCCUUCAAAACCAGAUAUUCAAAUGAAUUUAAAUAUUGAAAAUCCGCAAGCGAAGAAUUUUCAGACGGGAUCCUCUGCUUCAUCCAUAUACCCACUAGGUAUGUCAGGCCAAAUACAAAUUCCGAAUCCAAGUUUACUCUCUGAGGUGGGUAAAGGAAAAUCAGGUAGUAUUCAGACUCCAUCUAAGGGACUUGGAGCAACUAACAAAGCAAAUUUAUUACCUCAGUACGUAACCCAAUUGAAUCGUGAUUCGAAAUCUCAAGUGUCUCAACCAGUUUCUAGUAGUUCUAAGCAAAAUAUAAUGAUAUCAAUCGCAGCAAAUUCCCAUGGAACCUUAAAAUUAACAAAUACCAGCAAUGUUUCUCAACAAAACGCAGUUAAUAUAUCAUCCCAAGUUAAUGCGAACAACUUUGAAACGAUAAAUCAACCCAAGAUGCUAUUACCAGUGAACAUAAACGGAGUUAAGCAAAAUGUUUUGUUUGAUAUGUUACCAGACGGUCGCCUGCAAAUAUCAUCUGCAGUUGAAGGACAAAAGAAUUCUGCACUAAGUAACAAUGAACACAACAAACUAGGGUUGAUCACAAACAACAAUGUAAGUAAUUUACAAACACUAAGCUUUCCUUUAAACCAACUGGUAACAAAUAACCAAAGUGCCUCAAAUAAUUCAAGCCCGAACUGUGUUAACCAGAGUAUUCCAAUCAUCCAACCGCAGACCAGUAUCCAAAAUACUUUAAGUAAUCAUAUCAAAACCGAAAGACAGAAUGUUUCAGUUAGCUCGUCUCAGGUUGUUAACCAGAGUGCUUUAAGUAACCCUGUUCUGACUAGUCUUAACCACAGUUUUCUAGUGAACCAUCAUCAAAUAAAUAAUCAAGGUGUUUUAACUAGUCAGACUCAGCCAUUUAUUCUUGGUUUGAAUGGAGGACAAUUACCAAUUAUACAACAAGGAAUCUCACAAAUACCUAUUAUCAAUACAGCAAUUGGACAAAACCCAAUAUUAAAUCCAGGGUUGAAUAUAAAUACAUUCUUAGGACAAUUGUCUAAUCCAACUAAUAUACAGUUAGGUCGAAACACUCCAAUAGAACAAAAUCUGCUACUGUUGGGUCAGUUGGGUCAGUUGGCACAACCAGCACAAUCAGCACAAUCCGUUCCAAACAUACGCACGCAAUCCGUUCCAAACAUACAAACAGCACUGGCAGCGAAUCAACUUCCAUCUGCAAGUCAGCUUCUCUUAAACAUAGCAUCUUAUCAAGAUCAAGUUGGUCAAGCUAAAACAACUACAACCGGAUCGACUUCAAAUCCUCCAAUUAUGUCUAUUUUCCCACAAAAUACAUCCAGGAUGCAGAAUCAUAAUAUACAAAUGAAAACGAAUACCGAUGGGAAAAUUGUGAAAACAGGAAAUUUGAUAAAUAAGAGCAAUGGUUCAAAGACUACCAACAUUCAGCUUAAACCUUGUAAAACCUCGUUUCAAGACACAUUAAGGCAACUUAGACCUCUUGCUGUAUCAGCCUGUGGUAAAGAGGUAGAAACAAAACCUGUCUGCUCAUUUCAGACACCAUCAGAAAAAUUUAAAUCCUCGCAACAUCAAUAUUCAACUAACACAACGAGUAUUGCGACGUCGGCACCAAAUUCUUCAUACAAUUGGUCUUCAUGGCAGUUCGAGAAGACUAUGGUGCGGGAUUUUAAAAAAGAAAUAAAAUCCCCUACCACUGAUGCUAUUAAUGCAAAUAAACUCACGGCGACGAAUGUCAAUCAGCCGAAUUUAACGAACAAAAUGGCUGGAACCUCAAAACAAAACUCUAAAAAUGAGUUAACUAGCCCGUUGCCGGUACCAAUUUUCAUAAGAACAUCUACUAGAAAUAUAAUGCCAACUUCAACUGUAAAACCUUUUAUCGAGCAAGAACAUCGACCUCAAAAUGUGACUACCUCUAGUGAAAGAACAAUACGCACUUCUUCGGCAACUCCGAAUCAGUACAUAAUCCAACCAAUGGUCCAGCUAAGCAGUAACAAAAAUGGAAGCACGUUGGUCAAAACUGUAAUUCCUGCACAAGGAUACGCAAAGUCUCCGGCAGUUACGACUCGUCCACACAACUUACCAAGUGCAUCUCCGUUAGUUACUGUUAAAGAUCUUGCUGAGACACAUCCUUUACUGCAAAAAUCAUUACAAAGUGGCAACUGUUCAACGUCGUUGGAUGUGAAAAGAAGCAAACGAAAACCUCAGGUUGUUGUUCGCGUUGACCCUGAUGCUAUCGAUGUCGAUGAAGAAACAUCGAGUCUUGAAAAAGAUUAUUCAAUAUUUAAUAUUUGUACCUCUUCCGUGUCAACAGCAGUAACGGCAUCGAUUGCUCCAAGAAUAGACCCUAAUAUUGUUGAAAAGGGAUUAAGAAUACCAGACAGUAUGAUGGAAGAACUCCGGAAAAAAAAUAUACCCGAUCUUCAAAAAAAACAAAACUCAGUUGAAACAGCUAUCCAGAAGUUGAUGCACAAUAAACUGUUCCUUAAUAAACAUACUUAACAGAGGCACAGAUAUUUACAUUUUACACGCCUGUAUCGUCAUGUACUCUUGAAAAUUUUUAUUUGUUUUGCAACUCUCUUAAUUAAGUUUUGUCAUAUUGUCGGACGAAAUCAUUGUAUUUCUAACGUUGGUUAUCAACUGUACAGGUGCUUAUUAUACGACCGCAAAACAUGUUUGCGGUCGUAUAUUGCUAUCAUGUCGUCGUCGUAGUUGUCGUCCGAAGACAUUUGGUUUCCGGACAAUAACUUUAGUUUAAGUGGAUGGAUCUCUAUGAAUUUUAAGCAAACGGUUAAAUACCACGAAAGGAAGGUUGGGAUAUUUUUGGGGGGUGAUGGUCCCAACCGUUUGGGAAUUAGGGGCCAAAAAGGGACCCAAAACAAGCAUUUUUCUAGUUUCAGGACAAUAACUUGUGUAUUAGUAUUUUGCUUGCUCUGAAAUUGUACUACAAGGUUCAAUAUCUCAAGUAGAAGGUUGUGAUUCAUUUUAGGGGUAAUUGCCGAAACCGUUCAGGAAUUAGGAGGCCAAAAAGGGUCUAAAACAAGCAUUUUUCUCGUUUUGAGACAAUAACUUGUGUUUAAGUGUAUGGAUGUCUCUUAAAUUGUUCCACAUUUUACAAAAAGAAAAUUUCUUCAAAUGUCAUUUUUUAUUUUCCUAAUUCUUUGUAUAUAGUCUGAAAACAUAUUUACUAAGUAUUGCGCAACAGCACAGUGUAUUGCACAACAGCAAGAAAUCUUCAAUUGAAUAUAAAUUCAAAUCAUAUAACCAAUUUCAAGUUCUUUGACUACAUUUAUUCUGUGUCAGAAACCUAUAAUGUGUCAAAUAUUUAAUUACAAUCCAAAUUCAGACCUGUAUCAAGCAUGAAUAUUGUGUCCAUUUUUGCCCCAACUGUUCAGGGUUGGACCUCUGCGGUCGUAUCCAGCUGCGCUCGGCGAAGCAGUUUAUUUUUAUUUUUGCCACUAAUUGGACGGGGAAUAUACUGUCACCAAUACCCAUCAAUCCAUCCUUAUAAAAAUCAGACAGUUGUCCGAAGUUUUGUCCGUCAUGUCUGCUGAUAUUGGAAUGGUUUUGGUACAUUAGUGGAUAAUGAUGAAUUACAGAUCUAGUUUAAAGUGUUUCAUACCUGUUCGCCGACUUUUGGCAGAAGUAUGGCCCUUUUCGGACUUCAAUGAUAACUUUACUCGUCCUUUUUUGUAUUACUCGCAUGUCGAGUUUGAUUUUCAUUUCGUUUGAAUUAUUUUGUUUUGUUAGAAAAUGCUGCAGGAGAGGGCAUUCGUGUAGUACCACCCCAUGAUGUUUUAUGUAGAUUUUGGUUGACUUAUUGUGUUAGAUAUUGGUAUCAUUUUCAUUAUAUUCAUACCAGUUAUGGUCGAGUAUAUUUCAUAAACAGGGAAAUGUUACAUGUUACAUGAUUUUAUUUUAAUUCAACGGAAUGGGUUAUCUUUUAUGUUUCACGUUUAUUCCCAUCUGCAAACCUGAACAGUACUUUGGACAUAAAAUGAAUAUUAUGAUAUGUAAGUGUAUGCAAAUGACAAGUAAGUCAUCAUGUCAGUUUUAAAGGUUUAAGAAGACACAAUAGCAUUGUAUUAUAUUAUCUGCUAAAUAGUAAAUGACAAGUAAGUCAUCAUGUCAGUUUUAAAGGUUGAAGAAGACACAAAGUCAUUGUAUUAUAUUAUCUGCUGAACAGUAAAUGACAAGUAAGUCAUCAUGUCAGUUUUAAAGGUUUAAGAAGACACAAUGGCAUUAUAUUAUAUUAUCUGCUAAAUAGUACAUAGUUAUACAAAUACAAGUAAUAAAAGAAAGGAGUAAUUUUCAGACUUAAAUCAUAUAUGUCCAUUGCACAUGCGGUUUAAGUCCAGUUUCAGUAGACGAGACAAUUCCUAAUUAAUUUUAAUUUGAUCCAUGUGAACGUUGUGAACGGUGGUUGAAUGAUGGGCAAUUGUAACAUCACCAUAUGGAUUUGUUUUCCUCAAACAUGCAAAAUUUGUGUUCAAAAUAUUUGUACAAGACAAAAAAGGUACAACACAUAUUAAAAUAUUGCAUGUAAAAUCUAAUAUGUUUAUUGACGGCGUAUUAAAGUGCUCCUAUUUAAUUUUUAUUUGUCAUAUGAACUUUGUGGAGAGAAAAAAAAUUGAUUUGAACUAUACACACGUUUUUGGUUUUGUGAAUUACGCUGUUUUUUAUUCAUUACAAACUUUCAUUG